AUGAUCAACACGAACGUCCUCGGCGCGGGCGCGCCCCUCACGCGCGGCGUCCUCUGCGUGAGCGAGCGCCACGACUGCUUCGACCACCACCUCGCGCAGCUCUACACGAUCAAGCAGCUCCGGAAAGCAUUAAGGCAGCGCGAGGACCGGGCCCAGGUCGCCGUCGGCCUCGAGGCCUUCCAGCGCAUCCACCAGACGUACCUCGACCGCUACGUGAGCGCGGACCCGAACUACGGCCUCAACGAGCUCUUCCGCGACGUGGACUGGCAGCAGACGUGGGGCUACGACCCGCUGCACUACGCGCCGAUCCUCGAGGACGCGCGGCGGACGGGCAUGCGCCUCGUGGGCCUGUCGCCGCCCGACGAGCUCCUCGACGCCGUGGCCCGCGCCGGCGGCGUCCGGAACCUCGAGAGCCCGCUCUGGCCGUUCCUGCCUGUGUGGAAAUCAAAAUUUACGGCGCGUUCGUCCUCCACGCCAUCGACGCGAGCACCCGACGCACUGGUUGAUUUCCACACAGGUUCCUGCCCGAGGGCGGCGUCUGCAACGACAACGCGCCGGGCCGCGUCGAGCGCCUCUACGGGUCGAGCGUCGACGCCGAGCGCCUGACGGCGGUCCAGAACUUCCGCGACGAGUACAUGGCCGACGCCGCCGCGCGGCACUACGACGCGAAGAAGACGCGGGACGGCUGGCUCGUGCUCCUGGCGGGCCAGCGCCACGUCGCGAACCGCGACGGGCUGCCGGACCGCGUCGCGCGGCGCGUCGCGCGCGCCGCGUCGACGCCGGCGCACGGCGACGCCGUCUUCCGCGGCGUGCACACGAUCCUCCCGGAGACGACGAACUUCCCCGUCAAGCUGGCCUGCCUGCCGUCGUCGACCUACGGCGACGUCGUCUGGCUCCAGCCGAAGAGCGCCGACUUCGACCCCUCCAAGGUGAACCGCGCGCCGCGGCCGGCGAAGAGCCGCGCGUAG